CCAUCCACUCAAGCCCAGCGAACUCGUUGACUAUAAAAGCUAUAGACUUGACUCUUGAAAAAUAUACUUUUCUAUAACAUAAAUAGUAUAAGCCUUUAAUUGUUGCUAGGUAACUCAUCUCACAUGCUAGCUAUUGAUAAGCACUGAUCUCUCAGUUUAUAUAUGAAGGCAUAAAGAUUAGAAAGUUAGUAUAUAGCUUUUGGUAAUGAGACCUGGUGAUAGCUUUACACAGAAAAAUGUUUGAGUUUUUGUGCAAAUGCCCAAAAUAACACCAAUAAUAUCAUUUUGAAAAUAUCAUGAUCUAUUAUUUAUUAACUGGUUGCUGUGUACUUAGAGGUGUGACUGAGUGAAUGUGUUUAAAUAGAACGAAAAAGAAGCCUCAAGUAACUAGGGUAUCUGCUAGCCGAGCACUCCCGCUCUUCAGACAGCAUCAUCAGAGCAGCAAAACCCCUUGCAAAAUCGCUCUUUCACUUCUCUAUUCCUACAGGUCGCCCGACCUGGGUCUAGGUCAGCGCUACUUGCUCCCAAUACACACAAUCGAGACACGUAUGCAAUCAGAAUUAUUGAUUUGUGGGAGAUACACAUAUGCAUCAUAUAUGUACCUUAGCCAUGACGACCAGCCACGACCACAACAAUCCAAUAAUUGGUUCCUUAUGCAAAGCGACAAACAAAUAUUCGAUAAGCUAGCAUAUGAGACUUCAUUAGAUACUGUUGCGUUGUCGUGGAAGGAUAUAGUUUCCUUACCUUUGUUACCUGCUAACUAUUACCUGUUACCAAAAUGAAGCAUCAGCAAGUUGUUGUUGACUACUGGACCAUGCUGAAGACAUCAGCACUUUGUCUUAUCCUAGCCGUAACGGGCUUCAUAUUUCUAAGAAUGGUGCAAACGAUUUUUUGGCUGCCCAAACGUUUCAAUCAGAAUCAGGAACGAUUGGAGGCCUUGGCCAAGCAAUAUAGCGAUGAAAUGGAUCCGGAGGAGCGAGCUGAAAUCGAAAAGCUGUUCAACAGCAAGGAGCCUCUAACAGAGGAGCAAAUAAAUAAAUUGCUGGAUGGCUCGAAAGCGGAAAUCGAAGAGCCCAAAAAGGAACAGUAGACACUAGCUACAAAGUACACAUAAGAUUCUAGCUGAAUAAAUGUGUGCAACCAACAGUAGGCACUAACUAUAAA